AUGUGUUCCCUUGCCUGUGUCUUCCUGACCGACACUAAGUCGGGUCUCGGACAACAUAUUGAGGACCCUGAGCAACCUGAUGAAUGCUAUUGCAAAGCUCUAUAUGGUAGCUUGCCAGCUGAAACAUAUCUGAGUGAAGUGGAUGCAACCUCUGUAGACCAGAAGCAGCUUGCUUUCCAAAGAGCUGAUUCAAAAGCUAUGAGACAAGUCUUGCUGACCAAGUAUGCCCAUACGACCCGUCUCGAAUGGGAGAGACAGAAGGCUGAAGGGAUAGAAGAGGCCUACCGACGCUGGCAGGAGAACGAUGGACGCGCGCCGUGGGGUUGUGCCUGCUUCCACAAGUGGAAGGAGAAUGUUGACCAAGCGCUUCAGCAGAACCAGUCCCUCCAUGUCUACUUCGAGGGCCGAGUUGGAGCCGGCAAGGUUGCUUGGGAUCAGCUUGUUGAAGAGGUCAGAAAAGCAGCAGUAGAACACAGGGGGCUGGGAAAUUCACAAACAGAAGUGGCGUACUUGGACAAGCUCCAGCUGCCUUACGUGGAGCAUGAUGUCAUGGACUUUCGUUCCUUCAUUCAGGACCCCGUCACAAUUCUGGAAGAGACCGUUAUCUCCAUAUAG